CUGGGCCGGGCUCGGCGGGGCCAAGAUGUCGACCAAGAAUUUCCGCGUGAGCGACGGGGACUGGAUCUGUCCCGACAAGAAGUGUGGGAAUGUGAACUUCGCCAGAAGAACCAGCUGCAACAGAUGCGGCAGAGAAAAAACAACGGAGGCCAAAAUGAUGAAAGCUGGAGGCACUGAAAUAGGGAAGACCCUGGCUGAGAAGAGCCGAGGCCUCUUCAGUGCAAACGACUGGCAGUGUAAAACCUGUGGUAAUGUCAACUGGGCCAGGAGAUCAGAGUGCAACAUGUGCAACACGCCCAAGUAUGCCAAGCUGGAGGAAAGGACUGGCUACGGGGGAGGAUUCAACGAGCGGGAGAACGUUGAGUACAUCGAGCGGGAGGAGUCGGACGGGGAGUACGAUGAGUUUGGACGCAAAAAGAAAAAGUACCGAGGGAAGCCGGUUGGUCCUGCCUCUAUCCUGAAGGAGGUGGAAGAUAAGGAGUCUGAAGGGGAAGAUGAGGAGGAUGAGGAUGAAGAUCUCUCCAAGUAUAAAUUGGAUGAGGAUGAGGAUGAAGAUGAUGCAGACCUUUCAAAGUACAACCUGGAUGCCAGUGAGGAAGAGGACAGUAACAAGAAGAAGAAACCCAACAGGAGGAGCCGCUCCAAGUCCCGAUCUUCCCACUCCCGAUCUUCAUCGCGCUCAUCCUCUCACUCAAGCUCAAGGUCUAGGUCCAGGUCCCAUUCAAGAAGUUCUUCCAGUUCCAGAUCAAGAUCUCGUUCCAGUUCCAGAGAACAGUCUAGAUCUCGUGGGUCGAAAUCAAGAUCCAGCUCCAGGUCCUACAGGGGGUCUUCCACCCCAAGAAAAAGAUCUUACUCAAGCUCUCGUUCCUCCUCCUCCCCCGAGAGAAGCAAGAAGAGAAGUCGCUCUAGAUCCUCCUCACCCGGUGAUCGCAAAAAAAGACGAUCGAGAUCCCGGUCACCCGAAAGACGCCGCAGAUCUUCAUCGGGAUCUUCCCAUUCUGGUUCCCGCACAAGUUCUAAAAAGAAAUAAUGCAUUAAAGGUCACAUUGAGACAAAAAAAAAAAAAAAAAAAAAAAAGAAAAACAAAAAGAAAAGAGAGUUAAAAAAAAAAAAACCAACAAAACAAAAACAACAAAAAGGAAAGAAACAAACCUAAUUCCAGUCAGUGCAUGAGACAUUUUUAAGAAGUUGGUGUCUUACUUGGUCAGAAGUGCUAAAUCUGCUAGUAGAGGUGCAUGUCUGUCCUUGCUUUCUGGAAAACUGCAGCUUUGUUCAUCCAUGAAACAAAAAGUGAGGUAGCAUUUUAAGCCAUAAACUCCCCAGAGGAGGCACGUGCAGUUUUAUUAUUUUGAGUACGAGGGUUUUUUAUUAUUUUUAAAGACUCAGUUACUCAACCCAUGGCUCUCUGACACGUGUGAGCAGGCACAGCUUGGGUGUGCUCUAACACAGCUCUGCUCUUCACGUGUCAGUCACAAAACCUGGGGGAUACAGGAGAACCCACGAGCUUUCUGCAGCCAGCUCCUGAGCUUGUUUGAUGGAGCUCUUACGGGACCACAAAAGAUAGCUGUAGGGUGGUGUCACCCACUGGGUGACAGCAGCGAGUGCUUUAGGUAUGAUUAUUUUCUGUUUUUCUGUGUUGAAGUACAGCUGGAUGCCCCUCUUCCCCUUAGCUCUGCUCUGUGCACAGUAGCUGUUAAUCACCCACGAGCGACUCUCUAGCGUAGGGAUGGUUUGCUGCAGCCAGCAAAGUGCCCUCCCUGCAGCUGGUGCUGGUAUGGCCACACACAUGGACCCUGGACUCUGCCAGCCUUUCUUGUAAAAGGAUCAUUUAGGAUCUACUCUUGAGAUGGAGGAAUCUGGAUCUAGCUCCUGGGAAUGAAGCGAAGCUUCGGCUGGCCGGCUCUAAAAAUUCAUUUGGGGCUGACUAAAAUUUCCAAGGUAUCUGAAUUUUAUUUAUUUUUUUUUUUUACAUGAAAGUUAAUAAACUAUGUAGAAGGUUUUGCCAUCUUAAAUGUGUUCUUCAUCACUCAUUCUUUUUCCCUUAAACAUAAUUUAUGGCUUAAAAUGCUCUAUUGGAUCUAUUUUACUAGCAAUAUCACAUUAAAACUUGGUCUCUCUUGAGCUCCGUUUGGUUAAGAAAGGUUUAAGUAUCAUCAGUGACACCACAAGGUAAGUAUGCUAAGGAAAAUCCUUCUCUUUAAGCAAGCAAACAGCAAUAUAUCUGCUUUGAUUUCAGUGGUAAAAUUCCCCAUAUUUUGACUUUGUUUUUUUAAAUGAACUGCAGGAAAACAAACGGAGCAUGAUUUAAAAACUACAUUGUUUUUUUUUUCUUUUAAGAUACUUCUUUUGGACUGGUAUAUAAGCAAAAUGUUUUCGGUGUAGGAAUUUAUUUUUUUUCCAAAAAAAAAAAAUGCUCUGCAGUUUCUUCUUUAAUGCUUUCUUUUCUAUCUAAUUUCCAUGCUAAAUGUGUAGAUUGCACAAGAGCAGGUUAGUCUUGUAACUGUGCCUCUGACGACUUCAACGUCCAACUACUAAAUUGUAAAAAUCAGAUCUGAUAUAGAUGCUAUGUUGUUAGCCUUUGGGUUUUCUCCUUGUGCUUUGUAUUAAAACUGUUGCUGUACUUAACAGAUGGAAGUUUUUAAAUUUAGCAAACAAUAGGCUACAGAGAAAGGAAAAUUAUGGUUUCAUUUGGCUUAAACAAAAUGUAAGGUAAACUGAUUCUGUAGACGAGUGUAAAUAAAACCUGUGAGUCAA